AUGGCUAAUGUGGCCAGUGCCGAGGGGUCGUUGACGCAAGAAAUGGAUAUUUUCUCGUUGGGAUGUGUGAUUGCAGAGAUUUUUCUAGAGGGAGCUUCGAUAUUUACAUUGGCUCAGUUAUUUAAGUACAAGAAAGGGGAGUAUAAACCGCCUUUGGGGGAUAUUGAGGAUGAGUCGAUUAGGAGUCUUGUAAUGAGUAUGAUCAGCUUAGAUCCUGCUGAGAGAUUGUCAGCAGAUGAGUAUUUGAACCAGUGGACGGAUAAGGCGUUUCCGAAAUAUUUUGAGUUUUUGCAUGAGUAUAUUGAGAAUAUAUCACGGCCUCUUCAGAGUGUGGGGAAUACUGAGAGAGCGAGGCAUGUCGAGUCGGAUCAGCGUAUUGAGAUGAUUUGGAAGAAUUAUCGACGGAUUUCACGGGAGCUAGGGUUGGUAGUAGACGAUAGUGAAUUGGAUGGACCGGGACAUGUUCGUAGUGGGAAUGAAGAAAAGGGUGAAAAGAACGGGUAUAUCAGGGGAGAAUAUGGCGAUGUGGACUUGACGUUUACUUCGACGGUGGGUGGAGAUGUGAUUCCAGUGUGUUUGGAUUUGCCUGGUAUGGAUAAUUGGAUCCCGAAGAAGAAGAAAACUUUACCAGGUGACCAUGACGACGGUGCGCUGAUUGUAGUGGCAGUUGUUUGUUCGGCGAUUCGUAAUACCCUGAGAUCGUCUUCGAAAAUUAAAGCAUGUGAUUUGCUGUUAGCAUUAGGAGAGCAAAUCCACGAUGAAGCGAAAUUAGACCGCUGUUUGCCCUAUUUGAUGUCGCUGUUAGAUGAUACGUCGGAUAAUGUUCAAGUUGCUGCAUUGAGAAGUUUGACCCAGCUGCUGACACUUGUUGGGGCAAUAACGCCAAUUAAUGACAAGAUCUUUCCCGAGUAUAUAUUUCCCCGGUUGACGCUGUUGCUACAGGAUAGAUCUUCAGUUGUAGUGAGAGCAGCAUAUGCCGCCUGUUUACCGACACUGGCACAAAUUGCAUCGAGGUUUCUGGAUAUGGGCCAGAUCCUUCAGACAACAGGAAUAAUGAGUGAAAAGGAUCCGGACAUUGAAAAUGGAGCGGUGAUUACAGAAGACGACCGAAAGAGAGCAUAUGAUGUGAUUAAACAGGAUCUGUCUUUAGUUAUAGAAGAGCAUGCUCGAUCGCUGUUGACAGAUCAUAACCCGGAUAUUCGAAGAGCAUUGCUACGACACAUUGUUCCACUGUGUUUAUUUUUGGGUCGACAAAAGACAAACGAUGUGAUUUUGAGUCAUGCAAUCACGUAUUUGAACGACAGUGAUGCCCAGUUGCGAAUGCAGCUGUUUGACAGUGUAGUAGGCAUUGCCCCGUAUGUCGGGUCAGUCAGCUUGAAGGAGUAUGUGACACCAUUAAUGAUGCAAAGUCUGACAGACAGUGAAGAACUGGUGGUUAACAAGGUAGUUCAAGCGUUUACAGCACUUGCAGGGCUUGGGCUGUUGGAGAUGUCGUAUAUCUGGGAAUUACUGCGGGCCUGUGCAAAGUUCAUGGUGCAUCCGAAUAACUGGAUUCGUAACUCGACAUUUUGUUUAUUUGCAUCUUCCACGCGCUGGAUGAGCCCAGCUCAGAUCUAUUCGAUGCUGUGGCCAAUUCUACAACCGUUUAUGGAAGGAGAUAUUAAUGAUUUUUCAGUGGCUAGUCUGAGUAUCCACGCCAAACCUCCUCUGCCACGAGAGAUAUAUAAUUUGACUGCCACGUGGGCGACAAAAGCCCAGAAAUCGAUUUUCUGGAAAACAGAAGCAUCACAUAACAAGUCGACAAAAAGAGACAAGACGAUUGAUCUUUCUAAUGAAAAGAACCGCAGUAGCAAACCCAAGAAUUUGAGGGCUACUGCUGAAGAUGAACAAUGGCUGACGAGACUUCGUGUAAUCGGAAUGAAAGAGAGCCAACUCUGGAUGCUGGCUUUGUAUAAAGAAUACAUUUUCCGAGUAUUCAGAUCACGAUCUCGACGAGUCGAUGAACGUCACUCUCCCACUGGAGGUGACAAUACAAGCCCCUUUAUCAAAAUGCAGGAUUUAGGUAUACUACCGCAAAAUGUGUUUUUCGAUACAACUCCUAUUGACGAUGGGUUUAGUGAUUUGUUGUCAUCGUCAGCCAUCAAGGGGCGAAUUAAUAGCAAGACCUCGUCUCCAGUAUUUGUCGAUGAGCAUUUUGAAGCCACAAGACUGUUAGCAGCUGAUGUUGAUGAAACUGAUAGUGCAGGGGGGUCAGGGAGACUUGGAGGAAGUAACAGUGACUCGAAAUGGCGAGAACUGAUAAUGGCCCAUCCAGUAACUGGAACUGUGUUUACCGAUGUGUAUGGAGAACUGGAUUCACAACUGCGUGACUCACAGCUUUUAGAUGGUGGUAGCGGUAUCACCCCAUCUAAGGAGACUCUGAAAUAUUCGAGUUACACUGGAGAUGAUCCGUAUAUCUGGAGAAUGCUGGGAUCUGUUUAUAAAGACAGUGUGACAUUUGAAUCACCAGAGUUUGGCCCUCGCUGCUCUCCAUAUACAGGUAGUAUGAAACCAGAAAACAUCACUAAAAAGCGUAAAGGGAAGAUGGGGAUUUUGGCAGCGAAUUAUGAAGAACACGCAGGACCAGUUAAUGCUAUUGCAGUCGCACCUGACCACAGUUUCUUCGUGACUGGAUCUGACGAUGGAACAGUGAAAAUUUGGGAUAGUUUUCGACUCGAAAAGAAUGUCAUUAACCGAGCAGCCAAGACAGUUCAUUUCAAAGCCGAGCAGGAGAAACCAAACCAAGUCAAAUGUAUCUGUUUUAUUGAAAACACUUAUUCACUUGCCUGUGGAACUACUGAUGGAAGUGUGAAUCUCAUUCGAGUAGAAACGGUCAACCAAAGCUCCUCGUUGUCUGGACCACGAUACAAACCAGUAGUCAAACUGAACGGGUUCAAAUUGAACAGCGGUGAAUACGCCAUAGCUCUUAGUCAUGGCCAAACCAGUUCAUCAUCUUUAUUAUAUGUUCUAACCACUGAUUCUCGUAUUGUGGUAUUUGACUUGAUUGCGAAGAAACAAGUGGCUGUUAUGGAGAACCCGUCUAGUCAUGGCAUACCGACGUGUUUCGUGCUGGAUAAACACAAAAACUGGGUUCUAGUAGGCACCUCUCGAGGUAUCCUUGACCUGUGGGACACCCGAUUCCAAGUACACAUCCGGUCCUGGGGUAUUCCAGGCGGCCAGCCCAUAAACUCUCUAUCCCUUUACAUGAAUCCAAAAGCAGAGGGCAAAUGGGUAUGUGUUUCUGGUGGUACCAAAGAAUGCGAGAUCACUGUAUGGGACAUUGAAACCGUCCAGUGUCGAGAAAUAUAUCGAACUACACCUCAACUAAGCUCGCAUCGUCACCGUCAUGGGGAAUCCUCCUCGAGACGAGAACCAACUCCUACUGCCAACUAUUCACCAGUUGAUGUGGACAAGAGCAUGGUCAAUGGCAAUAAUAAUGGACCACCAACUUUAUCCAUUUUACUCUCGCAACUAAAACUACAAACAGACCAGGAAGAGCAGCGACACAACGACGACACCCAGACCGAACGUCCAUCGCAACACGACGAACCACCCCGAGCAGAUUCUAUCCUCUCACUCUCCUCUGGCUACAGUAUCGACCAUACCGCAACUGGACCCAACCGUCGAGGAUACCUUUUAUCUGGUGGUACUGACCGAAUUGUGCGAUUCUGGGAUCUCAACGCCCUUGACCACUCAACAAUUAUCAGCGGAAUCAAAGCCGAAGCCACCUACCAACCGUCAUACGUCCUCUCAUACCCCGAGCCGAACACUCGGCUUGUCACCGAACGGCUCGUAUCCUCCGUCUCCUCGUCAUCCAGCCAGUCUCACAAAUCAUCGUCAUCCAAAAAACCGUCCAAAUCCGACCGACCACCUCGAUCCACCAUAAUCGCAUGCGAACAGCUCGACCUUAGCCGGAACCACCAAUCCUCGGUCUUGGCCGUCGCUCUUCUCCUCAAACCCUUCGAAAUGGUCGUCUCGGCCGACCGACUCGGUACCAUCAAAGUAUAUAUUUAG